GCAUCAUCUCCAGACCGCGGCUUCUAGGGAAGGGCUAGGCGCGGCGCGUCUCUUUCGGCCCUGGGUGCCAACCCACGCUCUGUUGAGCCUCUCCUCGCCCUUUCCGCACCUGCUCCCGCGCCAGGCUGGAGACCCCCGGGAGCCGCUUCCGAGAGCCGACGGGACGCAGCUCGUUCCAAUCCAUUCAUUGAGAGCCCAGUCUUUUUCCUGAGCCUGACUCCCUUGCCUCCUCCAGCUCGUAACCCUGGGCCAAGCCAUGGAGAAAAGCAGCGAGACCAACGGUUACCUCGACAGCGCCCAGGCCAGGCCUGAGGCGCGGCCCAGCGCGCCGGGGACCGCGGCGGGACGCGCGGGGCGCUGCGCCGGCUUCCUGCGGCGCCACGCGCUGGUGCUGCUCACCGUGUCUGGAGUGCUGGCGGGCGCCGGCCUGGGUGCCGCCCUGCGCGGGCUCAAGCUGAGCCGCACGCAGGUCACCUACCUGGCCUUCCCCGGCGAGAUGCUUCUCCGCAUGCUGCGCAUGAUCAUCCUGCCGCUGGUGGUCUGCAGCCUGGUGUCCGGCGCCGCCUCCCUGGACGCCAGUUCCCUCGGGCGUCUGGGCGGCAUCGCGGUCGCCUACUUUGGCCUUACCACGCUGGGUGCCUCCGCGCUCGCCGUCGCUUUGGCGUUCAUUAUCAAGCCAGGGUCCGGUGCGCAGACCCUGCAAUCCAGCGACCUGGGGCUGGAAGAGGCCGGGCCUCCUCCAGUCCCCAAAGAAACGGUGGACUCUUUCCUCGACCUGGCCAGAAAUUUGUUUCCCUCAAAUCUUGUGGUUGCAGCUUUCCAGACGUAUGCGACCGAUUAUAAAGUGGUGACCCACAACACCAGUUCUGGAAACAUAACCCAUGAAAAGGUCCCCAUUGGCACUGAGAUUGAAGGGAUGAACAUUUUAGGGUUGGUGCUUUUUGCACUGGUGUUGGGUGUGGCCCUAAAGAAACUAGGCUCUGAAGGGGAAGAGCUCAUCCGUUUCUUCAAUGCCUUCAAUGAGGCGACGAUGGUGCUAGUGUCAUGGAUUAUGUGGUAUGUACCUGUGGGCAUUAUGUUCCUGGUUGGAAGCAAGAUUGUGGAAAUGAAGGACAUCAUCGUGCUGGUGACCAGCCUGGGGAAAUAUAUCUUUGCAUCUAUAUUGGGCCACGUUAUUCAUGGAGGAAUUGUUCUACCACUUAUUUAUUUUGUUUUCACGCGCAAAAACCCAUUCAGAUUCCUUCUGGGCCUCGUCACACCAUUUGCAACAGCAUUUGCUACCUGCUCCAGCUCAGCAACCCUUCCCUCUAUGAUUAAGUGCAUUGAAGAAAACAAUGGUGUGGACAAAAGGAUCAGCCGAUUUAUACUCCCCAUCGGGGCCACUGUGAACAUGGAUGGAGCAGCCAUCUUCCAGUGUGUGGCCGCAGUGUUCAUCGCCCAGCUCAACAACGUAGAGCUGAACGCAGGACAAAUUUUCACGAUUCUGGUGACCGCCACAGCAUCCAGCGUUGGAGCAGCAGGUGUGCCAGCUGGAGGGGUCCUCACCAUCGCCAUCAUCCUGGAGGCCAUUGGGCUGCCCACUCAGGACCUCUCUCUGAUCCUGGCUGUGGACUGGAUUGUGGACCGGACCACCACAGUGGUGAAUGUGGAAGGGGAUGCCCUGGGCGCAGGCAUUCUCCACCACCUGAAUCAGAAGGCAAAGAAGAAAGGGGAGCAGGAACUGAGUGAAGUGAAGGUGGAAGCCAUCCCAAACUACAAGUCUGAGGAGGAGACGUCACCCUUGGUGACACACCACAACCCCGCUGUCCCUGUGGCCAGUGCCCCAGAACUGGAAUCAAAGGAGUCAGUUCUGUGAUGGGGUUGGGCUCUAGGCUUGUCUGCCAGCAGUGGCACCCUGCCCUGGUGGCACAGAUGUGGGACAUGGACACAGGGCAUGCCCUCGCCGACUCUUAGCCUCCCGAGCAAUGAUUUGGCCCAUCACUAGUCUGAGGAUUACCUCUUGGCAUUCACAUUGGGCUCCCCACUGGGAACUGGUUACCAAGGACAAGGACACUCUGCCAUUUGGCUUGAUCCAUGUCCAGGUGCAAUUGUGUGUACACCGGGGCUCUUCUUGGAAAUACCCCUUGAGCUGCCAGGCUUGGGAAAUAACAGUCUUCUUGGGGUCCUGCGGCUGAGGCUUGAAAAAUGCAGAUGUAUUCUUCAUUACUCCCUCCCCCAUCAGAUCUAUGUUGGGUGCUUUCUGGGCAAGCCUAGGGGGUUACUGUCAUCUGUUACAUUGCCUCGAGUCAUAGAAAUUAGAAAAUUCCCAGAUUCCUAGCUGUGCCUGGAAUUUGCUGACUGGGACUCAGGUGGUUAAAGUGUUUGUGCUACAGCUAGGUGUGUGGGCUUCUGACUCGCUAGGUGCUGGAAAACCAAAGGCACCGCACAGUGUCAAGUUAGAAAUAUUCUGGGGAGGUAUUUGCACUGCUGGGGUUGCUGGCCAGUAGCCUUAAGUAGACAAUAUAAAUUCUAGAGUCAAGGAAAUGAAGGCAGCCUGCAUUGUGUGUGUGUGUGUGUGUGCAUGUGCAUUCCCCAGUCAGGACAGGACAGGAUAGGGCACACACACAAAUGUCCCUCUUCUAACUCCAGCCCUGGGGGCUUUCUGCUCCCAAGGCCUAGGCCUCUGACAGCACUGCAGCUUCAUCUCCACUCACUCUGACAUGGAACGGACUAGAAUGGGGCCUCCUUCUCUGGAGAGGUGUGAUGUCAUCACAUCUCUUUGUUGGUUUAUUGAUCUAUUGUUUUAAUUCGGCUAGACCCUCCCUAAAAUGCUGUGUUACAGCAAAACCAAAACAACACCCUCACCAAAUAUACCCAGGUACUAACUGGGGCGGGGUACCCUGUUCCUGGGUUCCCAAGCCCCCAGCUUUGGCUGACUUCCGCAGACAGAUCCCUUUCCUGCCAGUACAUCAGAGUCUGAAAUGAUCAGUGAAACCGUCCAUGUCCCUCCAGUUACCUGCCAACUCGGGUAUACUCCAGGUGAGAGGCUUUCCUGGGGAAGACAGUGUGUCAUCAGCGAGAGGGAACGCCUGAGUGCCUGCUGUUUGACUGUGGCUGCUCCGUCCCUGGGUGUGACCCACAGCAGGUCCUGGGCCUUGCUUUACCCUAUUUGUAAAAUGGGACUAACAUCACCUGCCUCUUACCUACCUCAGAGGGAUUUGGUAAGGCAAACUGUAAAUCUGUGAAAACGACCAUUUUGCUUCUAAAGUAUAUAGUGCUGAUACUGCAGGCUCUUAUGUUUUACCAAGUGACAGCUUUCCCCAUGGAGGCGCCUCCGAGUGAACACAGCGUCUGUGAGCAAGGGCCGUGCUCUCCACGUGCCCCGAUACUUCCGUCACGUCGCUUGUUGUCUUUGUAGUUACAUCAGCAUUAGUGUUUCCUCUUCCCGAUGUCCUUCAAGUUUGAAUGAACCAGCUACCCACCCCCCACCACAUUUCCAGGUACCUGACUUGGUUGUGACUCCCAGACCCAGGCCAUGAACGUCUUCAGCUCCUGGCCUCAUUCAUUCCCUCACUUCCCUGUUGCCGUGGACCCUACAGACGGAGCUACACACCUUUCUAUGUGCACAUCACUGAGAUGACUGGGCGGGUGGGGCAGAGACCAUCAAGCACCUCCUCAUUUUAAAAUCGGGGGCACAUGCCUGUGUGGAAGGGUAGGGAAGAAGCGCAGGGCACAGCGUCGAGCCAGCAGUAGGAAGGCCCAGCUCUCCUUACACCAGCUUAGCCACUCCAGUCUCCCACAAAGUCAGGGGUGACCAGGAGUGAGCAGAGGUGCCUGGAAACUUUGACCCUCUGGCUGGAGCUUCUUGCUAAUUCCCUUCUGUUCCCAAAAGGGAAACAAUCACAUCAUUUGAUUCCAAACUGCAAACAUUCACUAUUUUCUAGGCUUCAGGAAAUCUCUUUUCUGUCCAUGUACUAAGUGUGUCUACCUAUACAUAUAUACACACGUGUGUAUACGCACACAUGUGUGUUUGGGGUAUAUAUAAUUUUAGGUCCAAUGCAAGCAAGUUUUCAUUUAUAGAGGAGAAUUUUUAACUAUAAGUUGUAUGUCUUUCGUAUCCUGAUUUUCCCUUUUUUUUUUUUUGAGACAGCCUCAAGCUGUCACCCUGGGUAGAGUGCCACGGUGUCACAGCAACCUCUAACUCCUGGGCUUAAGAGAUUCUCUUGCCUCAGCCUCCCAAGUAGCUGGGACUACAGGCACCUGCCACAACGCCCGGCUAUUUUUUGGUUGUAGUUGUCAUUGUUGUUCAGCAAGCCCAGGCUGGAUUUGAACCCACCAGCUCUGGUGUAUGUGGCUGGUGCCCUAGCCGCUUGAGCUAUAGGCGCCGAGCUGAUUUUUCCCAUUUCUAAAGAUGAUUUUCACAAAGCAUAGAAAUUAGAGCUAGAUAGUAAGACUCAUUGCUUCCACCCAUAUCCUGGCCUGGAGUGCCCCAGUCUAGAAGCGGCUGCUUCUGUGUAACAGUCAGAUCGCCCUCCCCCUGGGGCGAGAAGAGAGAGAAGCUGCCCUGUCUCUCCUGGUCUUCAGUCCACAGAGGGUCAGGACACCAGGGGUAACCGACCGGAGAAAAUCUCUCUGCUCAUUGUCUGGAAAUGUCUCCUAACAUGUUGUCAUAAAUAUUGGUCAAAUGCUGUUCAUCUCUGACCGUGUUGUAUGUGUGACACUUGCCUUAAAACAUAGCACAGUCCUCAAAACUGAAUACAGUGUUUCUAUUGUUCUGCACUUCCUUGUUCCUUUCUUGCUUUACGAAGUGGCACUUACCCAUAGAACUAUUGCUGUCCCCGGGGGCGGCCUGUGGAUGACUGGAGGGAUCCUUUUUCUUGCUCCUUUCAGGGGCAUGAGCCCCCAAGGCAGGAUAGGCACUCAGGCGGGUGACGCUGCUAUAGGGCUGAUGUCACUGACCCUUCUGUGCCGCCAGGUUGCGACUGGGGAGCAUCAGACAGCUUAGUUGUUUCCCACUCCACACGAGCAGGGCUCUCACAAAAAGCGUACGGGUUUGCCACCUACCUCCAAGACAUUGCCUUUGUUGGGACAACUAGGUCGACAGGCCUCACCUGAGCAUCUGCUGUCAUCCAGGUGUCAAGCAGGAAUAGCAAGGAAGAAUGCCCCAGGCCAUAGAAGCAUCUGGGAGGUCCCUACAAGAGAACAGCUGCCCUGGCCUCUACCAGGGCCACCACCACACCCAGCCCACUUUCAUGUAAUAUAAUCUUGUUUUCAAUGGUACCACAUAGGCUGUUUGCCUGAGCAAGCUUUCAGCCUCCUUAUUCUCUGACAUUUCAUCGCAGGCUCAAUCUCUGGGCACUGCCCACACAAGAAACAUUCAAUGGCACCACAUUCCAGCCCAACUAGGGAAUCCAAAAGCCUCUAAUAACAGGAUCAUCUUGUACUCACACUGGAAGCCUUGUUUCCGGACUCUGGGGCCUCUGAAGAAACAGGUCCCUGUUCCGACCUGGACAUUUCCAGCUCUUUAUAUAAUACAGAAACUGGUUUUAAUUGUUGGGCAAUGCCCAAAGGAUGAGGAGUUAGUUUGCCCCAAUCGGGGCCCUGAUGGAGCGUGUUAGGAGUGAUGGUUUAGACUCCUACCCUGGAGUGUGGUUGCCUUGCCUUGCUGUUGUGGAGGCUGGGUUAGUACUCGGUGAUCCAGCUUUUCCAUGUAACCAAAUCAAGAGGAGGAAUUCUACACGCUCAAGCUGCCUCUUCCCAGAUGACCGAAAGGAACACUGAUCUGUUGGGCCACUUGAACCUGCACAAAGGAAUGUUCACUUAUAUCAGUGAACAGCAUAGCGCAGUGAGAAGGAACAUGGGCUGUCUGAGUUCCGGUCCCAGGUCUGCCACUUGCUCGCUGUGUGACCCUGGGUACAAUAACAUAUUGUGCCUCAUAUUCAAAAUGGGGAGAAUAAUUGUAGCAAUCCCGUAGAUUCCUGUAAGGGUGAGAUGGGCUAGUAUAUGCAAAGUGAUCAGAAAAGCCCCUGGCAUGUGGCAUGUGUAGUGUUGGUGUUUGCUCUCAGAUCAGACAGUGGCCUGAAAGGUUACUGAGCAGCCUGUGUGCCUUUUCAUCUGGACCCGACACGUGGCAUGAACGCACCUGACCCCGUUGCUUGUCAGAGAGACAGGAAGACCUGUCUCAAUUUGUGGGCCCCUCUGCCUGUCCCUGCCGGUAUCACAUAGGAGUGUGUCCAUUUUCAACAUUUGGUCUUAAAAAUGUCUUGACAACUGCUUAAGAGAAAGUGGAUUUGGUAAACAAUUGUUAGGAUGCACUUGAAUGUUCCUUUCUCACGAAAGAAGCUUUCCAUUCACUAUUUUCUCUCUUCAGCUAUAUCCUUCCAUGUUGCAGUCCAGGAUGCAGACAAUUCCCUGCAACCCCUGUCUUCCAGACAGGGAUUGACUCUCAGCCGACACUUCACUGCUUAUUCGUCACACUGGGGGAGGGUGUUGACAGCCCUGGGU